CUAAUUUUCCGUUGCCAACUUCACACAACAGCUAUAAAUCAGUGUUUGUUUAUGUAGUUUAAAAAUGUUUCGAACGCAACUUUGCCCAAAAUGAAUUUCGUGGAAUUAAUAAACGAUCUAGAAGGGACAUUAACAUCUUCAAAUUAUGUGGAGCACCUUUGGUGUAAAAUUCGCGAAGUGAUACCUACAAUUUCAAUUUCAUUAGAAGAUGAAGAAGUAUAUCGGAACCAUCUGCCACUGGAUCUCACAAAGUUUCUAAAAAAGUCAGUCUUUAAACUGAGAGACAUGAAGAAUGUCUCACAGCCCGAAGUAUGGAACGAUUUAGAUCCGAAGUAUAUAAGCACACUUGUGUACUUUGUGUUGGAACAAGAAGACGUGACCAUGCAAAAUGCGUUGUACGUGGCGAAUAUUUUUGUUUUGCUUAAUGUAAUACCGAUGACCCAAAAACAGCACUUCUAUAAGGUGACAUAUUUAAAAAUACUAGAAAUGCUGGGCGAAUUCAACCGCUCCCAAGAUUUAACGUGUAAUAGCAUUAUAUUUUUGAUGGACGACUUUAAGACUAUGUUAAUGAACACGUGCAUUCCAGAGGAGACUGUCAUAGCGACUAUUGCCGUUCUCCAUUCGUAUACAUAUUGUUGUAAUGAAACGUUUAAAACAUUUGAUGUUGAUAUUUCCUUUGAGAAUCUCGGAUAUUUAGCAUUUGUAAGUUUGAAAGUGCUUGCAGAACAGCUCCAGCAGCAAAAAAAUAAUGACCGAAAGUUAUUUCCGAUCCUGUUGUGCUUGAUGUCGUGCCUCAAAUCCUCGUCUGUUAGGGACCGUAGCAGAAGUGUGAAAACGGCCCAUUUGAACAAUGUCCAACAGUUUUUAAAAGAAACUUUUGAGUUAUUUCAGUCGAGAACUUUUUCCUUAAUCACAGAUGCUCUAAAAACUAUAUCUUUAUCCAGAGAGUAUGAUAAUUUUGAUGAUAUAGCCAAAGUCUUGCAGCAGCUACCCUCGGAUGUUAAUCAAGUUUUCCAAACUUUUUUUGUGGAAACGUUGCUCUGUAAUAAGGACGAAUUUAAAUUAAACCUGCUAAAUUUGGUUAUACCCAUACUCAGACAUCCUCCAGAAUACGAGACCAUUUCUAAACGAGUCGUUAAAGCGGAAGUGCUGUUGUAUAAUGUUAUAAUGCUAUUUGCCGAUAAAAAUGAAGCAACUAGAGAAAAUGCAUUGAAGGUGGUUGCUGAAUUUUCGGAGGACUCUUUAGGGCGGCGUGUUUUACGAGUAAGUUUUAGGGAUAAGAAUUCUAUAGUAAAGUUGUAUUAUACAAAUUUCUUUUGUUUGCACUGUUUUAUUCUCCUCACCUCGUUUACACCAAGGUUGGGUGUAAGUUGUAAGAGAAAGAGAUUUCCUUUUGCUUUACCAAACUGAAAGUACCAUAAAAAAACAAGGUAAAUGCUUAUCCCAUUUUGGUUGCUUGCCAGCAUGUUGCUACAAGUGGACCUUGUUAGAACUCAGGUCUACCCUGGCUAACU